GAACGCGAGAGAAUCGAGGAGAAGGAAGAACGUGGCAUACAAAGGACUUCCACGUGGCACGCCGUCCGUCCUUCCAUACGCAAGAAUGCAGGACCAGGAUGAAUUUUACAGGAUUCUCUGCUCGUCGGAGACUCUACGCUCCGGCAAGAAGGGAUUCUUCCACGAUUUUAGCGGGCACGUAAUGCAAACCGCGGGCGAUACUUGGACGUCGAGGACAUUCGGCCGGAUCGAUGACAACGAGGGACGGGUUAGGGCGAUCUUCACCGACGCGAAAGUAAAAAACGUCGUGACUGACACGCUCGCAAAAGUGAAGCUCCUUUUCAGAGACAAGGAUGCUGAGAUCUCCAAGCGCAGGCGACUCGAAGGAUACCAGCUCGCUGCUGUUGGUGAACACGACAAGGCCCUUUUGCUGUUCAGUCAGGCUGUCUUACGCGCCCCUCAACCAGGUCACUACAAAUGUGGUAGAAACAAGAACGUUGAUCAAGGUCUUUCGUUGUCCCUGGCGCUGCUAGGAAGAGCUGAGAUCUUUAUAGCUCUCAAAGAAUACUAUUUUGCGCUGGAGGAUCUGCGACUGGCCGCCGAACAUGAUUUGCCGGAUAAACUGAUGCAAGAACUUCAGCGAAAGAACGAGCAGUGCGAGCAUUGUUUAAAAGACAACGAGAACUCUCUGGUGCCCUUCGACUCCCGCAUCAACAAGAUGGCUCAAUUGAUUUCAGACAAGGAGAAAAGCAAUAGUGGUGGCGGCGACGGCACGCCGUUAAAUGGCGCCGUUAAUUCCGAGCUUCGUUGGUCGUCCGGCGCCCUGGAAAUCCGUGAGACCACGACGGCGGGUAAACACGCCGUUGCAACCGCGGAGAUACAUCCGGGUGAUAUUCUGUUAGUCGAGCCGCCGCUGGCGGGCUGUCUCCUGCCCGAGUUCUACGGCACCCAUUGUCAGCAUUGUUACGCAAGGCUAAGAGCGCCGGUUGGAUGCCCGAAUUGCAGCUGUGUUGCCUUUUGUGGAAAGAAAUGCAGGGAAGUCGCGAUGGCGACGUACCAUAAGUACGAGUGCAAAGUCCUGGCGUUGCUGAUAGGCUCUGGCAUGAGCGUGCUCAGCAUGGUCGCUCUUCGGAUGGUAACACAGGAGGGUCCACGAAAAUGUUUGAAGAUCUACGAGGAAUUAAAGAAGAACGAUGUGGAAAGGGUCGCGAUGCUUUUAGCUACCUCUACUAUGACGCCGAUGGCGACGCCGGAUACACACGACAUGAAAUCGCCGGCGAGUAGUAAGUCAGUCAAAAGAAGAAUCAGACGGAGAAAACUCAAGGAAUCUAGACGAGAGGAAAUUAAGAAGAUGAUGGAGGAGAAGGGCACAAAAGAGUUCCGCGAAGGCGAUGACGAGAGCGUCGACGUGGCUCCGUAUAACUUGGUGACGCACGCGGACAAACGGACGAGCAAAGACUUUCUAGAGAGAUCGCUGAUGGCAGCCUUUCUGCUCAAAUGUCUGCAGAGAGUCGGUUUUUUCGCAAACCCCUCGCCGGACGAUGAAGUCCCGGGCGUCGAGGAGAUCACCGUGGCCGCCCUGCUGCUGAGGAACCUGCAGCUGCUCCAAUUUAACGCCCACGAGUUUUUCGAGACGCGAAUGAGUGCGGAGCAUCGAUUUCAUGGCAGUCGUCCGGUCUACCUCGGCGUGGCGAUUUAUCCCUCGGUCGCCCGUUUCAAUCACGACUGCUAUCCCGCAGUGACGAGAUACUUCAUUGGGCGACAUAUCGUAAUAAGGGCGAUACGCGGUUUGCGACCCGGCGACGUUAUUGCCGAAAACUACGGACCGAUAUUCACGAAGAGAACUCUCGCCGAGCGUCAAAGGACACUGACGGGAAGAUAUUGGUUCCAGUGUAUGUGCAAGGCCUGCCAGGAGGAUUGGCCGUGCUUUGAGAAUCUGACGAACGAUUCUGUCAAGUUGAGGUGUCCUACGGUAGGAUGUGGCGGACUGCACUUGCGAUCCCGGCAGGGUAAGCCGAUAAAAUGCCCAGACUGUCAAAAGAAAAUUUGCUUGGAGGAUCGGCUUGCAUGUCUACGGGAGUGCGAGGCUCUGUACGAACGUGGAUUGGCCAGUAUGGAAAACGAAAGGGUCGAUGAGGCGAUCGAAACACUCUGCGACGCCCUGAAGAGAUUUCACCAAGUCGCCUGUCCACCGCAUCGGGACACACACCUGGCCGAAAUUGCUUUAAGCUCCUGUCUGGCUGACUACGGGAAUACUUGGCGACCGGCGGCGCUUUGAAGAAAGCACAGAUGGAGAAGGAAGCUGACUUGAAUGGAUUCUGUAACCAUGCGGAUGACCGCGGUGGCAGUUCUCGAAGAUGUCCUUCGAAUAAAAGAGGAACGUUUGAUCAUAGAUCGUGGACGUUUGGUCGAGCCAAUUUGGCGCACAUUAUGACACGUUGAGAUAUA